UUCAACACUCGAUCCAGCUGGGCGUUUCACACACAAUUUCGUGUGAUGAUUAAUGGCCGGACUUUUUUGUAUCGGACUUUGAACUGGGAGCUGAGGCUUUCCACACCAGAAGGAUCAGAGUGCAGAGUGAUAGUGAGCCCAAAGCGAUAGAAUGGCUUCUUCAUCGCUGUUCACACUCUCUCCGUCUUUCCUCACCACCAGUCAUCACCACCACGCCGCUGUUGUGGCUCCUCCCCUCUUUUCCCUCAAUUUCAGGACCAAGUUCUCCCCCUCCACCCUCUCACCAGCUUUCUCUAGACGCGGGAAUGAUAUGGACGAGCAGAAGCAUUGGAUAUUGGAAAAGUACGGGCUCGACCCUUCUGACUUCGUCGAUGAGUCCUACUCAGAGGGGACCCAAAAGAAGUCUAAGGGAAGGAGGAAAGGAAGGAGAAGUGAAGAGGACAAGGAGGAUGGGAAAGGGAGAAGAUUGGCACAAGCGUUGGAGGAGCCUAAACCUCCCAGGACGACCCAUAAACUGCUUCAAGUUCUUGGUGGAAAGGCUCGUAGAAGAAAGCUGCUCUCACCAAAAGGCAUGGAUGUACGUCCAAUGAUGGAAGUUGUGCGAGGUGCAGCUUUCGACAUGUUGCAGGUAGCUGGCGGUUGUCCUGCUGCUUUACGACCUGGGCGCUGGCUUGAUCUUUAUAGUGGCACUGGCUCCGUUGGAAUUGAAGCCAUCAGCCGUGGAUGUUCUGAGGCGCACUUCAUUGAAAUGGAUCCCUGGGUUGUAUCUGAAGUGCUGAGGCCAAAUUUAGAAUGUACUGGUUUUUUAGACAUGUCUGUGAUCCACACAGUCCAGGUUGAGAAAUUCCUAGAGCAGGCAGCAAAAUUUCCAGGUGCAUUUGAAUUCAGCAUUAUCAUGGAUUUCUUAUGCCCAGAGAAAGAUGGAUGCUUUGAUUACAUUAGUGUCACGCCACCUUAUACGGCUGUGUCAUACGACAUAUUGAUGAGUCAGCUGUCUGUUUCACCCUUAGUUGGGAAAGACACAUUUGUUCUUGUGGAGUAUCCAUUAAGGACAGAAAUGCAGGAUUCUUGUGGUCCUCUUGUAAAGGUUGCUGACAGAAGAUUUGGUCGGACACAUUUGGCAAUUUAUGGACCUACAUGGUCACAAAAGAAACGCGCAUCCAAAGUGUUGCCAAUAUCCCAGCUGUCAAACGCACUGACUUGAUGGAGCAAGUCUGUUAUGGUCUUUGUAAACACCAAAUGGCCUGCUAUUAGGGUGUUUGUCUCCAGUUGUAAAUUGGUUUUGGCUGUUGUCUACAAGCAGUCCCCUUUCUCAGGGAAAGCUGAUCCACUUUUUCUAGAUCAGCUCACUGCAGCAGCUGCCAUUUUGCGAAAGAUGACGGCUCUUAUCAAAAGAUUCUUGCUAGGAGAAAAUUGUUCCAUUUUUCCACCCAUCACAUCUUGGCAGAGCUUUGUUUCUUAACUUGAAUUUGCAGGUAAACGGUACACCUCGGCUUGCAGGUCUUGGUAAACAGAAUAGAUUUCUUAUUCUGUAGUCAGUCAGUUUUAUGUCGUUGAAAGAGUGUCAACCAACUGAACCAGAUUUGGCACGUCUUUUUAGAUUAGCUCAAUUGUCAACCGGUAUGAUACUUAGAAGUGUUGCUGCACAUAGAAGAGAUCGAUUACUGAUUAAGGGAUAGAUGGUGCUCAUUUGUGUGAGUCACUACUGUUUCCUGGUUGUGAUAAACGCUGGUUAAUAGUUGUCAUUUUGCUCUUCGCCUGUUGUACGGCUCCUCUAUGUGCAUUAUGAAAGCAAUUACUUUUAUA